AUAGGCGCUGUUUCCUUCUCCGCGGGAUGACGCCAACGAUUCCAGAGUUCGAAUUCGCACAUUGAGGAACGCCUCCCAAUCCGCGAGGGAUGGGAACAAUUCCUCUUCACCCAUGCGUAACUCCCACUCCCGAUGGGACUCCUUGUCCAACUUGCGGACAAAGUGAAAAACAAGAACAUCGUCCCAGUAUUCGACCGGGCGAGCCAUGUUUUUUAAGGCCGUUAAUGCGGCGCGAGAUCUAUCGCGUAAACUUUUUAAAUCGCUUAGAACUGCGGAUCCGAUCGGGGGUGAGUCGAACAACAUUUUCAGGUUCGGAGUCCGUCGGUAAGGCUGCCGUCAUAGCGUCGAGGGCGGCAAGGAAAGCUGCUUCCGUAUCCCCGAAGACGUCGCUGGAGAAGUAGGGAUUCGCCCUGGUGUCCUCCUCCGUUGCUGCAACCUCGAUCUGGACUUGCGUUGAUUGGAAUUUGGCCCAGUAAUCCUUGAGCAGGUUGAUCCGACUGCGAAUCACUGCAGGAGUGUGAUUCGCCUUCCCCAAUUUUUUAAAGUUGAGCAGUGCAUUGUUGAUCAGGCGUGCAUGCACUUUA